CAGUCUCAAGCUUCCUCGGUGAUGUGCCGAGGGAUGCCGGGCGUUGCUGGGCUGAUGGCUGGAAGUGUGUGACCUGUGCGUACUGAAGCGUUGUGAUACGAGGAAAGGGAAGACGACCAUGAAGCAGUGGCCGCAGGAAGAGACUUUUGACGCCUCUCUCUCUUACCUCUCCCUCACGCCGCGCCCGACUCACUCCCCCUCCGCCAUGGUCCUGUCUCCCGGGAAGAUCACGGAGAAGACCGGCCUCCUCUCAGGGCUGUGGAGGAAGGGAAAGAACUCAGACUCCCCCACCGUAAAUCCCCCGCCGCAUUAUGGAGGAACUGAUCCACCUAGCGGAGAGUCAGCCCUGGUGUGUAGCGGAGAGCAUGGACGGGCGCAGAAAGGUCUUGGCGUGAUGCUUACCUCCUUCUUCCUGGUGGCUCAGGUGGCCGGAGUGGGCCUGCUGGCUCUCCCGUGGGCUAUCGCGCAAACAGGCUGGGGUGGGCUGGGGCUGCUGACUGGCCUGGGAGUGUGCGUGGGCGUGUGUGGGGUUCACCUAGGCACGUGCUGGGUCAUCCUGGAGGAGCGGUGGCCGGAGUACCAGAGGGCGUGUCGGAAGCCUUACCCUGCCAUGGCCCUACGCACCCUUGGCAAGCCCGGCUGGUACAUCGUGAACACAGUGCAGUGUGUCACUCUCUUCGGCGUGUCCAUCGUGACCAUUCUCCUGUCAGCUGAGAUCGUGGAGUCUGUGCUGAUGCCACUGCUGCCCAACGUGACGGUGUGCACGUGGCUGGUGGUGUGCGGCGUGGUGCUGGUGCCUCUCUCCUGGCUGGGUACGCCGAAGGAGUUUUGGCAUGUGUCCGUGCUGGCCCUGGUGGCGGCGGUGGCGGCAGUGGUGGUGGUGAUUAUUAAGAUCUUGCUCGAGCCGCUGGCGCCGGGGGACGCUGCACGCCGUGCCCACCGUCCAGUCCUUCUUCCUGGGCUUCGGGCCAUCAUGUUCUCCUUUGGCGGCGCCAUCGUCUUCCCCACCAUCCAGAACGACAUGUCUGACCGCACCAAAUUCCCGCUCGCCAUCGUGGUGUCCUUCUGUGCUCUCCUCGUGUUGUACCUGCCCGUUGCCGCGCUCGGGUACAUGCAGUUCGGCACGUAUGUGGACACGAACAUCCUGCUGAUGGUGCAUGGCCCGUCUGUCACGGUGGUGGAGGUGCUCAUGCUGCUCAACAACCUUUUCACCUACGUACUCAUCAUGAAUCCACUCUCCCAGUCCCUAGAGGAGGCCGUCAACCUUCCUACCAGGUUCGGGUGGCGGCGGUGCAUCCUGAGGACCAGCCUGGUGGUGAUCGGCGUGCUGGUUGGCCUGGCAGUGAAGAACUUUGGACGCAUUCUGAACUUGAUUGGAAGCUUCUCCGUGCCGUUACUCUCCUUCGUCCUGCCUCCCAUUUUCUACAUUCGCCUCUGUGACUCCAAGGAAAACAGCAACUGGCCCAAAAGGAAUCUGACGUCCCUUCACCGCGCCAUGCUGUGCCUGCUGGUGAUCGUGGGGUCAAGCUGCAGCCUAGUGGCCACCUGGACCUCCCUUGAAGCUCUCCUCUCACCCUCCGACUCUGCGCUGAACUGCUUCGAAGUAUAAGCUUUACUAGCUUAUCUUUCUCCUGCUGUUGCUGCUGUUGUUGCUUCCUGGGAUACAUUACGAGGACACUUUCUGCCCCCGCUGCUGUUGCUGUUGCUGCUGCCGACCUGAUUCCCAACUGGGUGCGUGUGAAACUGACUGGUCUCUACUGAGUGUGGCUGAAGAAGAAGGCGUCAACCAAAGCUGGUGGUUGUCGCAUUGGCAUAGAGAGCAGUGAACGAGUUCACCGUCCAGCUCCAGUAUGGAUCAUUGGAGAGUUAUGCCGUCGUUUGUACCCUGCAUCACACUGUAAGCUAGUGAAGCAUUAGUCGUGGCAUUCACAAUUACCAUCUGACGCUCCGGUAGGACCCUACGGCCGACGAGGCGGGUGCAAUGAGGGUUGUUAGUCUAGGUAGCGACCCUGGGGAGCGCCAGGCAAGGGCUGAGUAAGAUUUGAAGUCUGGAGCUUUUUAUUUUACUUCAUUUUCAUUAUUGUUACUGUUAAAUAUAGUUCCUGCAAUCCUUGAGGAGGCCUGCCAUGAGCCGGCUGUGACACGCGUUAUAAUAGCGCCUGACAUGACAGCAGGCGAGCACAGUGUCACCACUGCGAUACACUACUGUACAUUGCGGGCAAUUCAUCAUCACCACCAUUAUGUUACGUCACAUCACGUAUGACUCAAGGUACGUCACCACCUGUUUGUAUCAUGACGUCACAAGGAAAGAGUCUCCAUUUUAAGUUCAAUAUUCACACAAGUACUUUAUAUAAACUUGUACAUCAUUCCCAUGCAAGACAGUCGUGUUACUCCGCCGCCGUGCGUUCUUUUGAAACAAUAAAGAAUCAUUAUGUGAA